AACUGAGAAAAAACAGAGUAGAUCAACCUCCACAUAAGAGACGACACACAGCUCCCUAAAAAAACUAAAAUUUACAACAUGGGACCCCAAAGGUUUUGGCAUAUUUUUGUAAACUUGACCUUUAUAUUUUACAUGUACUUUCCUUCUGUAUGCUCCGGACUGGACGCACCAAAAAUACACAUGGAGAGGGUCCUAGUGGCUUUCAGGGGUGAAAAUGUCAGCAUUAAAGCUGGCUUGCAGAUUCCAGCAAACUGGAGUCAAGGCACGUUGACGUGCUCUGAUCCUUCAAACAGACAGAUUUACAGCUGUAACAUCGAUGCCACAGAAAACCAGCCGGCUAACCAUGACCUGAAUCUGGAGCUUAAAAACCUGACCAGCUCUGGAGAAUACUGGUGCCAGUAUUACACAGCCAAGGUCUACUGGUUCCUUCAACUACGAGAUGAAGGCUACGUUGAACUCCUAACCUGGAAUCAUACAGAACUCAUAGGGGCUGUCUUCACUGGUGUGCUGCUGGUUUUCAGUGCAAUCAGCUCUGUGUAUGUCUUCAGAGGAAAUUGGAAAGAGCACAUCGCUGACUGCAGAAAACAUAAACAGAAUGAAGAAGAAAGGGAGGCGAAGGAGAUGCAGGAAGACAACGUGGAAGAUGUCAGAGCUCCAUCUGCUUCUGUCUAUGCUAGUCUAGAGCAUCGACCAAGGUCUAUAUAUGAUGUGCUGGACCAUUCAGCUGUUAAAGGAGAGCCAGACCAAAGUAAAGCUAAAAUCAAGAAAAAGGAACUCAAAGAAAUGAAGAAGCAUACUGAAGAAAACCAGCCUGAGGGUGUAUUUGAGUGUGUCUAUGAGAAUUUUUAAAUCAUGAAUAAACUUGUUUCAACAGAUUAA